AGGUGGGCGCGUCUAAAGCGAAGAAGCAGGAGAAGGCAACGAAGGAGGUCCUGCAGCGCAAGACCUUCGCACGGAUCUGCGAGGAGCCCAACGAAGGGGACGCGAAGCUGGCGAAAUCGCUGAGUGAGAAGGACCUGAAGAAGGUGGUGGAGAAGGCCUCCAAGGGCAUUAUGACGGCAGAGCAGGCUGACAGCGUUGCGAAGAAGAUCCAAACUGAAGGAGUUGAGAAGCUCUCUGAUGAGCUUCUCACUCAAGAAGAAGAGGCCAUUGAGAAGAUCCUUCAAAAGGCCGAUAAGGCUGCAUCUUUGAUGGCGCUGGAGGCGAAUGAGACAUUGCCGGGUUCUCUCAUGGAACUCAGCCAAGCCAAUGAACAGCAGCUGCAGGGCUUCUGGUUCGGGAUGACAUCUCUUUUGAUCUCGAUCAUUGCUCGCGUCAUUUACUUGGCCACGGGCGGAGCCUUCGCUUUGUUUCUCUGCCUGUUGAGUUUCGGGGAGCUUUCAGUGGGUGUCCACAAGGAGUUCACCAUGGUUCAGCAAUUGAUGUGGCCACUAACCUGCCCGGUCAUGGUGUUGCGCUUUGCUGCUGGCUUUGGCAGCAACCCGGAGAACAGGGGCGUCUUCUCCGAGACCGAGAGCGGCUUGGGCUGGGAUGAGGUGAUGGAGGCCUUUCAAUAUUAAUAUAUGACUAUUUCAUGUGACUGAAGCACUGACCCAUCCGCACUGCGGUUGCCUCUGCAAUGCUGAAUGUCACGGCGGUUGCUUCUGUCGUGGCCCAUCCGCCCCAAAGCACGGAUGGGGCCGUCCGUUCUGUGACGUGCACCUGUGGAGUGCAAGGGUGGAAGUACUGUACACUGUGCAUGCGAUUCGUGGGACGAGUCAGUGACUCCGGCAACGUGAAGGAACAUUUCAUUCGAUGUCGUAUUAUGUACUUUCGUCCCUGGCGAUUUAGAUGCAAAAGGAUGGGAGCACGGAGUACUGUAGAUACUUUUUAGUUGAGAAAAGAUACUACAUUCAUUCAAGCUAGUGUGCAUCGUAUAGAACGUCAGUGGCACAACAUAGAUUUGCUUAUUCCUUAGCAUUUUUCAGUGCUUGGAACAUUUCAUUCGAAAACAUUGCUUCUUCUCUGACCGUUUCUCAAGCUUGACAUUCUCAGCCCCCUCUCGUUCUUUGUUAAAAAGCUCUAUCAUGGCUCGGUUCCAAGUGGUCGUGCUUGCCUUCCUCUUUAUGAACUUCAAUUUGACCGGAGCCAAACGCACCGUGUCUGGUUCCGGCAACUCCAUGGAUGUGGUUUCUUCUGUCCCAGAGUCCGACUCACUCUUGGACCUGGACUGUGAUGUGGAUGCCGAGGAUCAAGAGAUCUAUGGUCCGAAA